CGUUGCCCCACCUCAACGUGACCGACUCGACCCCCACCCAAGACACGCCGCCGCCUACGCCCCCGAACUCCCCAUCGCCUCGCCCGCGGAUUCUCCUCCUCCUCCUCCUCCUCCUCCUUCCUCGCCGCCGGCGACGCGCCGCCGGCUACCUUUUGACGCUCCGACCGUGGUGCCCUUUUUCUGUGGGACCCGGGAUCCUAGCUCCCCUCCUCCCCCGACGAUUCCCGGUCGCCUCGGCGGCUCUCCUCCCGUCCUAGGGUUCCGGCGAGGUCCCCCGCGGCUGCGCCGGCGAGAUGGGUGAGCGCAAGGUGCUGAACAAGUACUACCCUCCGGACUUCGACCCGUCGAAGAUCCCGCGGCGGCGGCAGCCCAAGAACCAGCAGAUCAAGGUGCGCAUGAUGCUCCCCAUGAGCAUCCGCUGCGGCACCUGCGGCACCUACAUCUACAAGGGCACCAAGUUCAACUCGCGCAAGGAGGACGUCGAAGGCGAGAAAUACCUGGGGAUACAAAUAUUUAGGUUUUACUUCAAGUGUACGAAAUGUUCAGCUGAGAUAACUUUCAAAACGGACCCUCAGAAUUCUGAUUACACGGUGGAAUCUGGGGCUAGUCGCAAUUUUGAACCUUGGCGUGAAGAAGAUGAGGUAGCAGACAGAGAAAAGAGGAAACGAGAUGAAGAGGAGAUGGGUGAUGCAAUGAGAGCAUUGGAGAAUAGAGCAAUGGAUUCAAAGCAGGACAUGGAUAUACUUGCUGCUUUAGAAGAGAUGCGAUCCAUGAAGUCUAGACAUGCUGGAGUCACAGUUGACCAGAUGCUUGAAAUUUUGAAGCGCUCUGCUCAUGAUAAGGAGGAGAAAACAGUAGCUGAGCUAGAUGAAGAAGAUGAAAAACUUAUCAAAUCAAUCACUUUUCGAAACUCCCAAGAUUAUGUAAAACGGAUAGAGGAUGAUGAUGACGAUGAUGAAGAUUUGGUGAUACCGGGCCAGUCGAGUAGCACAUCAAAGAUGAAUGGAUCCUCCCAGUCAGUAUCAAAUGCAACAGAUGUCCUGACCAAGACUAGUGGAUCUGAUAAUGCCAAUAAAGAAGGAAAUAAGAUCUGGCCAUCUAAGAUGCCAAAAUUUAUAGUCAAGCCAAAGUCUACCCCUACAGAUCCUAUCAAGAAACAGAAGACGGAAACCACGGCUGGCCCGGAUACUGGCAAAGCGCCAGUCGCAGAAGAAAAUAGUGAGCCUGCGCAGAACAAUGUCCUCCAAUCCCUCUGCCAAAACUACGAUAGCGAUGAAAGUGAGUGAUGACUGCGUGGCUGCUUCGUGCCGUAAGCCCGUAACAACCGUAACCGCGAAUCGCCACCAACUGCUGUGGCAUUGGUUGCAGCGGAUGACAAUUCCACUCACAGAAGAAGAAUAUUACGUUGUGCUAACAUUGGAUAACCAGAUCCCUGAGGAUCUAUUGUUGCCACAAAUCUGAAUCCCGGGAAUUCAUUGGUUAAGUAUAUACAGUACUUCAAAAUCUGUGGCUGCUAACAUUGUCCAGGCGAGAUUUAUACGUGUGUGGUUUGUUGCUGAAUGCCUGAAGAGAUCAAAAGUCUUGUAAAAUUGACAGGGAAGAUGUUUGUUGACGUUGGGUUCUUGCACCAAUCCUUCAUUUCUACGCCUAGCUUAUACACAACACAAAUUUGACCA